UUCGAUUUUGUCCGUGGAACUUAACCCAGCACAACAAAAAACCAACCCAAAAUGCUGACUUUUGAAGAAAUCGUUGAGAAGGCCAAGAACUUCAGCAAGGUUCCCAGCAAAGAGGACUUCCUGGAAUUCUACGGCUAUUACAAACAGGCCACCGCUGGCGACUGUGACACCGAGGAGCCCGAGGAUGAGGAGAAGAAGGCUCGCUGGAACGCCUGGAAGAGCAAGUCUGGCCAAACUGCCGAAGAUGCCAAGGCCCACUAUAUUGAGGUCUACAAGAAGUAUGCUGCCAAGUAUGAAUAACUUCCCUUCUCUUCUCCGACCCUUAUAAUUCUUUUUUUUUGAUCCUAAAACUAUUUUAUUGUCGUCAUUAAACACAAAAGAACUGUGCAUUUAAAAUAAACGUUAGCUGUAGACCAAAA